GUUUUACAUGUUAAGAUCGUCAUGUCUAUUACUAGCAGUAUCGUCGAAUUUGAUCUUCCUGCCUAUAACGUUGACACGGAAUUGCCAACCUAUAGGGAAGUAUUUGGUGCUCCUGGAUGGAACUUUAUAAUUAGAAACUCCGUUACCGGUGCCGGCUUUAAUAUUUUUCUCUCCAAGAAGGCCUACCACCAGUAUUUGAAAAUCAACCAAAAUGAAACCGAUGAUGCUCGUGAUAUGCAUAUUCAAGGUAUUGGGAUACCUAUGUUCAGAGUGACUGGGUCAUUGUCUGCGAUAAACCCCAAACCUAUGAUCAUCAAAAAAUAUGUUGCAAAUACAGAACGGCCCUUUAAUGCUUAUAAGGAUUACCAACAAUUUUGCACUGUAAAGAAAAAAGUGCACCUGGUUUAUACCAGUUAUACCUUCAAAUUCACUCCAGAUAUUGAAGAUCCAAGUCAAGACUUUGAAGUUGUGAUGUUCUCUCAUAUUACCCUUCCUAUAAGUGAUUAUAUUUACAGGGGCGAAAAACACCGAUGGAUUCAUGAGGACACAAAACAAACUCACCAGUAUAGGCAUACCAUCUUAGAAAGCAGCCAAGAAUCCUUGGCUGAUGGUUGGGAUGGACAAUCAGAUAAAUUGAAACGAGUGUGGACUACUCGUCGGUUUGUCCAGAAUGCCUCGUUUAUACAUACUUUUGGCAGGAUGCAUAAAUUGCCCACAGAUGAAUAUUAUGGUUCUGGGUGUUCCAGUAUUUUAAAUAUGACUUCAGUUAAUACCAUCUCAGGCUAUGCUGAACUUAGAGCAAGAGAUGAACAAGAAGGAAGUUUGCGUGAUUACGACGAAAUCUCAGAAGUUCCUCUUGACCAUAUGGUCCAAAUUUGUAUUGCGACAGUUCUUAAAACGGCUAAGGUGUAAAAAAAAAAAAAAAAAAAUAAUGUGAAACUUCAGACACAAAUUAUUUUAAAGUCGUUUACACUAGUUAUAGAUAGUGUAUAGUAUAAAGACUUAUUUGAAUUAGUAAUCAAACA